ACCUUGACACCAAGAGGACAUCUAACUGCCGGGGACGGCCUGGAAGGGCGGACACUUUGGCGGCGCCUUUCCCUUUAUUUCUCGAGGGGUCUCAGGCGUCUCUAUUCACUGCUGUCUGCUACUCAAGGUCCUCAGAACAGAAGACAUUCGGAUUGAUUUCUUGACUACAGACACCCAAAUAUGAUGCAUUUCAAAAGUGGCCUCGAGUUAACGGAGCUGCAGAACAUGACGGUGCCCGAGGAUGACAAUGUCAGCAACGACUCUAAUGACUUCACAGAAGUGGAGAACGGCCAGAUAAAUAGCAAGUUCAUCUCCGAUCGGGAGAGUAGGAGGAGUCUCACGAACAGCCAUCUGGAGAAAAGGAAAUGCGACGAGUAUAUUCCAGGAACAACCUCUCUGGGAAUGUCUGUCUUUAACCUGAGCAACGCCAUCAUGGGCAGUGGGAUCUUGGGCCUCGCCUUCGCCUUGGCCAACACUGGGAUCCUCCUGUUUCUGAUACUUCUGACUUCGGUGACGUUAUUGUCUAUAUACUCAAUAAACCUACUACUGAUCUGCUCCAAGGAAACCGGCUGCAUGGUCUACGAAAAGCUGGGAGAGCAAGUCUUCGGCACCACGGGGAAGCUGGUGAUCUUCGGAGCCACCUCUCUGCAGAACACUGGCGCAAUGCUGAGCUACCUCUUCAUAGUGAAAAACGAACUUCCUUCAGCCAUAAAAUCCCUCAUGGGAGAGGAGGAGACAUUUUCAGCCUGGUACGUCGAUGGCCGCGUGUUGGUGGUGAUGGUAACCUUUGGUAUAAUUCUCCCGCUGUGUCUCUUGAAGAACCUGGGGUAUCUUGGCUACACUAGUGGAUUUUCCUUGAGCUGCAUGGUUUUUUUCCUGAUAGUGGUCAUCUACAAGAAAUUUCAGAUUCCUUGCAUGAAUGGGGAACAGAACUCAACAGUAAGUGCUAACGUGACUGACGCGUGCACACCAAAGUAUGUCACCUUCAACUCAAAGACGGUGUAUGCUUUACCAACCAUCGCGUUUGCGUUUGUCUGCCACCCGUCUGUCCUGCCAAUCUACAGCGAGCUCAAAGAUCGGUCACAGAAAAAAAUGCAGAUGGUUUCCAACAUCUCCUUCUUUGCUAUGUUUGUCAUGUACUUCCUGACCGCCAUCUUUGGGUACCUGACCUUUUAUGAAAAGGUGCAGUCAGACCUCCUUCACAAGUACCAGAGCACAGGCGACAUUCUCAUCCUGACUGUGCGACUGGCCGUCAUUGUGGCCGUCAUCCUCACGGUGCCCGUACUGUUCUUCACAGUCCGGUCCUCGUUGUUUGAGCUGGCCAAGAAGACGAAGUUCCACCUGUGUCGCCAUGUCCUGGUGACCAUCAUACUCCUCGUGAUUAUCAACCUGUUGGUGAUCUUCAUCCCGUCCAUGAAGGAUAUAUUUGGAGUCGUAGGGGUGACGUCUGCUAACAUGCUCAUUUUCAUCCUUCCUUCGUCCCUUUAUUUAAAAAUCACGAACCAGGAUGGAGACAAGAAUACUCAAAGGAUUUGGGCGGCCCUUUUCUUGGCCCUGGGGGUGUUGUUCUCCUUGAUCAGCAUCCCCCUAGUCAUCUACGACUGGGCUUGCUCCUCCAGCAAUGGCGAAGGCCACUGAAACCAGCAGCGACCAGCCCAGCACCUGCUCACACCCAUCCAGUCCCCAUCAGCAGCCCUCCUACUCUUCUUUUGCAAGUUUACAGAGACAGAAACGCACAGAGCUCCUCCUGGGUUGCGACACAGAGACUCACUCCUAGAAGACUCAUGCCCUCUCGGGACCUCCGCUUAGGAACCUUAGAUUCCCACCUCCCUGGAUUUCGUGCAGCCGUCUUGUCCAGCCCUUUCCACAGUUCUCCUUCCCUCUCCUCACUGAUGUGGCUUCUCUCUCUCAGAACUUCAGAAACAUGAUCAACAGUCGUCUUCACCUGUUAGAUACCCAGCUCCUGAAGUCGUUUUCCUACUGACGCUCCGCCCACGCUAUCUGGAUCUUUUUAGAAGAGAAAAUAAUCUUGAAUUGUAUAUAUUUAUUUUGCUUUACGGAAAAAAAAUUACGGUUUCAGAGAAAAAAAAAAGGUUUCAUAAAUAAUUUGCCUAUUUUGGUUAACAUAGCACACGGGGUUAAAUCCUUUGAGAGACAGGUUGCAUGCCCUGGCUGCAUCUGAGCGUGCCCAAUAUUUGAGGCAGCUCUGAUCACCGACGGGGACUGUCCUGGGCCUGCUGGUACUCCGUCCUACUCCCACGGGGAGCGAUUCCCUGGGAGUGUCUGUAGCUGUGAAGGCUUGGGCAUGGCGCCUCUGUAUAUAUUAAAAUACACAUUCGGGAGAUCUCAGGAAUGAAACUUUGUUUCCCCUUUGGCAUCUGGAGCGUCUGCUACUCUAGGCUGAGUCACCUGCUUGGGCCCCCUUGACUCCGUGUCGGAGGACGUAUUCCUCAACCAGACUACCUUCAGCCCACACCCACGUUGUUGAAGGGGGAAACGGUUUGUUGGUUUGUGAGCCCGGCAGCCUUUAGUCAAGUUCACCAACUUUUCCGCCACAGAGGAGAAUGUGUACCUGAGGGUGGCCUAGGAUAGGUCAGCCUGUUUUAUACUGGGUACUUUACUUUAAUGGAGUCUUUGAAAGACUUGUUUUAUAUCUAUAAAUCUAGGUUACUACAAAUAGAAGAUUUUUGUACCUUAAAUAAGUCUCAUUUCUAUUCCCCAUCAACUCACCAUCCAGUCCUGAAAGCAAACCUCCCGGAGAGAGGCUCAGUGGAGAACCACUGAAGUCACUGUGUGUCCCCUCCUGCCACAGCUUGGGACGACAGGAGGCCCCUCCCUGUCUGUUGUUUUUUUUCCCUUGUAUCCCAUUACGCCUGUUCCGUGUGACCCAGGCAAGAGGGCAGAGUUGCCUAUACUCUGUCCCUAUCCCUGCCUAAGGGGAGCAGAGGGAAACUUCAAGGAGACUGGAAACUGUAAGAGCUUCAGACACGGGCAGCUAGGGAACCCAGAGCAGUCUGCCCCUGAUGGGGAUCCCUGUGGCUACCAUAGCUUAGCCACAGCAGGUGAGGUGCACACAGUGACCUCUCUCUGCAAAUGGUCUGUAUUGCAGCCAGCUGUGUUCCGGUUGAAAUCCUCAGAUACAAAAACACACUGAGCACGGAUUUCAUACCGGGGAUGAGUAGACGCUAACAGAGUGGCCCGGACACUUAGCUAUAGAUGCCGUUCCUCCUGCCUGAAGUCCUGCAGACAGGGUAGACAUCAGAGUGCCUGCCGCUGUGUAUCAUUCUUCUCAUAGUGCUUCACAGUUCUGUCCGCCUCCUGUUCAGGCCGCCGACCACAGGGCCCAGACAGGAGAAAGGGUAAACCCCACAGCCGUCUCCACCCUUUUCCCAAACGUUUCCCAUGUCAUGGGAAAUGACGGAAGGUCCUGCCAACCUCUGUAGCUCUGUUUGCACUGUUUAAAAAGAUAAACAUUAAUUCAGUUUGCAAGCUGCAUUCCCCUCUUGCUGUCCCCCCCACCCCCUUUUCUGUAACAGUUCAAUUUCACAUUCGCAAAGUGAAUUCAAAAACUCACUAA